GCAAGCAGUGCCCUGUGUCAGUGUCAGUGGACCUUCCCUUUGGUGCUGAGCUUGGGCUAAUGCCCACCUGUCUUUUUGUUCUUGUUCCAGGUCGGGUUUUUCCCUGGUGAGUGCAUGGAACUCAUCAGCGGAAAAGUUCCCGAUUCCCUCCUCAAUUCAUUGCCAAAGCCAGUGCUGAAGAAACGGGGCAAGCUCAGUACCUUCCUUCGUUCCUUGGUGAAGGCCCGCCCCAGGAGAGCGACGGAGCCGGAGCCAACGAAGGAAGGGGUGUUUGGCUGUGACCUGGGGGAGCACCUUCUCCGCUCUGGCCGUGAUGUGCCACAGGUCCUGCAGAGCUGCGCUCAAUUCAUUGAGGAACAUGGUGUGGUGCGGGGGAUAUACCGCCUGUCCGGCGUGGCGUCCAGGAUCCAGCGACUACGCCAUGAAUUCGAUACGGAGCAGGUUCCCGAGCUAAGCGUCCGAGAACUUCACAGCGUGAGCUCCCUGUGCAAGUUGUACUUCAGGGAGCUCCCGAACCCUCUCCUGACCGACCAACUGUAUGACAAGUUCUCGGACGCUGUUUGCGCUGCCACAGAGGAGGAGCGGGUGCACAGAAUGCAGGACGCCAUCCAGCAGCUGCCCGCUCCUCACUACAGGACGCUGGAAUACCUGAUGAGACACUUGGCGUCUCUAGCCGGGAACAGCUCCGUCACCAACAUGGACGCUAAGAAUUUAGCGAUAGUGUGGGCUCCAAACCUCUUAAGAUCCCAGCAGAGCCAGUCUGCCUGCGCCAGCGGAGAAGCUGCCUGUAUGGAGCUGCAGACGCAGUCGGCUGUUGUCGAGUUCAUCAUAAGCCACACAGACGUCAUCUUCUGCUCCAAAUCCACACCAGCCGUGGGAGAGGGGCACAGUUCUCUGGCCGGGCUAAAGUCUGUGUGGGUGUCUCCUCCUGCCACGAAGCUGCUCACCGUGCAGGAGGCACAGGCUGAGAGAAACGGCCAGAGCAGCUCUCCCACUGUGACACAGAGCAGCGAGAUAGAAGAGGAGGAAGCCCCCGCAGUUGUACAGGGGAACUUCCACACAGUAAUUGAUUUUCCAUCUAAAAGACCAAGUUCUCCCAGAAAGAGGAUGGAGUCAUCGCGCUGCGGCAGUUGGUGUUCCUGCCUCUGCCUGCAAAGACCAUCACCUGUGGCCGAACACCAACUGCAGUACAGUGCCAGGGAGCCAUCAGAAGCAGAAUUCGUGGUCCUGGCAGGUGACUCCAGCCCUUGUGUACCCCGAAGACUAAGGGCAUGUGAUGAUGACACAUCCUGUGCUUCCAUCAAUGGAGUGCAGUUAGGAUGCAUGAGUCACUGCAGUUCCAAGGACAGCCUUCCACGUGACAGCAAUGAUGGAGAGAAGAAUAUCAUCCACGUUCAAGCCCUAAUUCAUGCUAUCCCUGCUGAAGCUCCUGACCUGAGCCUGCCAGACACUACAGGCACUAGCCUAAAUUGUGACCCAGUGGCUUUCGAGGACAGCCCAGCCCAAGCACAGCCCGAGUGCCCCGACAGCAGCACCACCAUGCAGGCUCAGGUCAGCAUCACCGAGGAGAAGCUGAGCAUCUCGCAGGGGGGCACAGAAUCAGGACACGAGUCCCAGGCUCCGGGCAACAGCACGGUCUCUGAGCAGCUCUCAUGAUUACAAGAGAGGAUGAGUCCCAUCUUACAGCCUGGACCUCUCACGCCCUCCUUUGUCCCCUUGAAUAAAGGCAGGCUCGUGCUCAAUCAACACUUUGGCUGCAUUCCGAGUCUUCAUUGGCAGAGAUUGGGAUGAGUGCAAGAAACAUCAAGGCAGCUCAGCUUACAGCUCUGGCUGUGGGGUUUGUGCGGCCGAGCUCUGGGUGUGUUCCCAUUUUGCCUGACUUUGGGAUGCCUGCAGCGAGAGCUCUGCUGCCGUUGUGUAUGGCAGCAAAUAGUCUCUAGCAUCCUGGAUGCUGCUCAUGAAAACCCCAAGCUUCCUGGCUGUGGCUGUGAUGCUUUUCAGGGCCUUUUGAUGCUCUUUGAUGCCGUGGCUGCUCCCUAACACCUCUGUCCUCCCGCCGUGUCCAUUCCUGGCUCCCACCUGUGAGCUGUCCCUGCAG